AUGACAACAAAAUCGGUCCUCAUUGUUGGCGCCAACGGCACUCUGGGAGCCAAAAUCCUGGACGCCCUGGUUGCAUCGAAGUCAUUCAAACUUAGCGCCCUGAAGCGCGCCGGGUCUCAGAGCACCAUCUCGUACCCCGCAGACCAAGUACAAGUCAUCGAAGUCGACGACGAGCUCUCCUUUGAAGGAUUAAAGAAGGCCUUCACAGGCCAGGAUGUCGUCAUCGUCAGCUUCCGCCUGCGCGACCUCGACCAGCACCUGCGCAUCGCUGAGGCGGCCGAGGCCGCUGGCGUGAAGCACUUCAUGCCCGCCGAUUUCGGCAGCAUCGACGCCGAUAACCCCCGCGCCCGGGAGCUCAUCCCGCUGUACCGCAACAAGCUCGCCGUGCGGAUCAAGGCGCAAGAGCUGGCCGACAAGAACGACAAAUUCGCCUGGACGGGCAUCGUGUGCGGCCAUUUCUUCGACUGGGGCGUCAGGGAGGGCUUUUUGCACGCGUACUUGGACAGAAAAGAGAUUGACAUCAUCGAUGGGGGCAACUUGAAGGCAUCCGCUGCGACGCUGCCGAGGGUAGGUGAGGCCGUCGUGCGCAUACUGCAGAAGGGUGUCACGGAGGAGACGAAGAACAAGACUUUGUUUAUUCAAAGUUUCUGCAUUACCCAGCAAGAGCUCAUCAAGAGCCUGGAGAAGGCAACGGGGUCGAAGUGGAAGGUCAACGACCUCAACUCUGAUACGUUCAUCGAGGAGCACAAGAAGAAGGCCGAUGCAGGCGAUCACGAAGCGAUCGAGGACCUUGUGUUUGCGGUUGGUACACUGGAUGCCGACUGGACGAAGCGCCCUGAAUUUGCAAUGAAAGCACUUGGCCUGGAGGACGAGGAUUUAGACACCGUCAUCGCUGACAUUGUUGCCAACCCUAAGGGGCAGUAG